AUGGCACGUCGAAAGCCUGCUAAUGACCAUCUGCCGGUCUUCUCACUGGGAAAGCUUUUGUCGGUGCCGCCAAACUUACACCUUCUAUGCUUGCUCUAUGUGGGUGCGCCGUCAAGAACUCUGGCCGCCAGCUCCGACACAGCCUUCGAGGAAGUGUGCCCUCCGAUACGGGAGCGUGAUACCUGCCUGGAGCAGCAACCAGACGCUUGUGCACAGGGAGCAGUACCUUCUCUCAGCUCGAAUGUGAGGCCAGCGGCGCAGGAGACUGCCAUUCUUGGGGUGUCUGUCUCUCCGCAAGUCAUCGAGACACCGCGAACGGACGACGAUCUUGGAAAGGUGGUGGGAUCACCAACCGAGGGGAUAAAAAGUGUCUUGGUCUCUGAAACUACGAGACUUGACUCAACCCCCGAGCUACCUAUUUUCGACGCUCCGCCGAAUCCCACCCUCUGGUCGAACCUGAGUUCUGGGCGCUCCAUAGUCGGAUCCUCAGCCUGUGAAGAGUGCAACACUGAUGGAGACAGUGAAAUCUUGCAGUCCUCAUCAACUUCCGAAUCGACUUUGCAUGGCUACAUACUGCCCACGCCAAUAUGGGUGCCUCCACCUUCAAGCGCCGAGCUACAUGUGAAACGGGACGAACCGUUGGCGUCAACGUUCGCACCACUGCCCACACCAGCGAUCGAAGUGAUGUUCGUGUCUACGGAUUCUGCAGAAGUGACGGGAAAAGAGAUACGAUCCCAAAGUGAACGUGAGCAAUUCGAGUCGUCAGCAGAUCCAGAGGCGAAAGCCGACAUCAUCGAAACAUCCGUUGCAUCUCAGGCGCCCUCCGCCUUACCAACCCUGAAGACUUCUUCAGCAGCCUCUGCCACUUCCACAUCGACAGAGAUUGCUAGGUCAACGGCUAACACAGGGCCCGGUGAGCAGGCAACCUCUUUCGAGGAAUCCGCGUCUUCAACCACUAUUCCCUCUGCCACUCCGGAUGUCCCUCCACCCACGUCGAUAAUACGGAAACCUACGUCAGGGCGCUUCAAUUUCGCCUCCUUCGAUUGCGGCGCUCUUAUCCUUGCACAGAAUCCUGAGGCCAGCUCUGCAACAUCCAUUUUGCAUAAAAACAAAGAUGCUUACAUGCUGAACAAAUGCACGGCUGACCGAUUUGUUACGGUGGAGCUGUGCGAAGAUAUCUUGGUGGAUACCGUCAUGCUCGCCAACUUUGAGUUCUUCAGUUCCAUGUUCAAGGACUUUAGGUUGGAUGUGAGCGACAGGUAUCCUCCAAAGAACAACGAAUGGACCGCGUUGGGCGUUUUCCGCGCGAAAGAUGUCCGGGAUUUCCAGUACUUCACUGUAGAGAACCCACGAAUCUGGGCUCGAUACCUUCGCAUCACCUUUUUAUCUGAAUACGGUCAUGAGUACUAUUGUCCGUUGAGUAUGCUUAGAGUAUACGGGACAACCAUGAUGGAGGAAGUCAAAGCGGAGGAGGACAAAAAGGCGUCCUCCGCCGCCGAGAGCGAAACGGCGAUCGUCGCGGAAAGCGCUGCUACCCUCGAAGUGCCCAAACCGCCCCUCCUGACUCCACCUCGCAUUGCUGCCGCAGUAGCCGCAGCUUUGGAAGACCAGCAAACUACAAUGAAUUCACUACUCCGCUUUCCCACUCUCGCGCAAAGCGAGCAGCGAUCUCGCGCACAUUCUCCAGCGUUACAACCGCCUCGAGUAUUUGACUGGGGUCGUUCUACAUCCAUUCCGCCAAAGCCCAGUGGCGCACCAAUGGAACUUCCUUUGUCAGCGACGCCGUUCAACGAGGCCGCAGGCCGAGCGGCGGUGGAAUCAUCGAAUGCUGAUCUGAAAAUCAUUGUUCCGGAGAGGUUUUAUGCCAUUAUGGGGUCCAGAGAGCAAGGGGAGGCGGCAAAUGACGCCUCAGGCUGGGCUAAGCGGAGUAGUGCAACAAAUACCGCGAUGGAGGCGGUGACCAAAAGCACGCCAUCGGAAGCAUCAGUGACGCGCAGUGUGGAAGAUCGUCUAUCCUCUUUGACCGAACCAAAGGACAGCGCACCGACCACAUCUCAGAGUUUACCUGCCAUUCCGAACGGAAACGCGAAUAUGUAUUCCGGCGCGAGUGCUCAAGGCAGUAUCAACAAUGGCGGACAUAGCGGCAUCCCCAGCCCUGGCGGAAGCGCCGGGGGCGGCACACAAGAAAGCAUCUUCAAGACCAUUAUGAAACGACUCGCCGUCUUGGAACGCAACGCCACGUUGUCAUACGCAUUCCUGGAGGAACAAAGCAAAGCACUCAAUGAGAUUUUCGGGCACUCGGCGGUGAGAGAGCGGGAGAGAUUCGAUAGUCUGUUUACGCACUUCAAUCGCACGUUGUAUGGGAUCUUCAAUGAAUUGCAUGCAGAGUAUACUACGUCCUGGUCACAUAUGUUCUCGGAGAUCGAAUCUCAGAAGCGGGACGCGGGCGACAAGAUCGCUGAAGUCGAUCGUUUGAUCACCGUAUUAGAAAAGCAGAUCCCUCGCCAAAUAGGGGUUCAAGCUCUCAUCACAGUCAUUGCCUUCGCGCUCGGCUGGAUUCUGUCCAACCUUUUCGCCAUGAUCUCGUUCCGGAAAAGGAAGCCAGCUGUAAAGCAGCAACCACCACCGCCGUCAAGACAAGUCUCCACGGCAUCCCUCAUCCCAAACGAGCCUACAAAGCCGAGGGAAGACACAGCAGGCAAGAUCACAUCGACGACUGCGCCUGGAACGCACCCGGAGAAGCUGGCUGUGAGGAUACAUCCCGAGGUCGCGAUGAUACCGCCGUUGCGGACUGAGACUCCACCCCCAGUAGUGCCAUGUGGGCAAAUCGAGAAGCGUCAGGCGGGUGAAGCAGAGGACGCCGAGCUUAACACGUCGGUGCUAGAUGUUACGCCCUGUCCAAGCCCAACCAGAAUGGACGACGAACCAACAAGCCCCGUCUCCCGCUCUAACAGCGCUAAAAAGAAACGCAAACGGCGCCGGUCUUCGCACGCUCCAGGUUCCACCAUAGAUAAUAGUCUCUCUGCCACCGCCGCCGCCGCAGCUACCACCCAGCGCAUGCAAGCCGCUAACGCACUCUCCUCGCGAUCCGAAAACAAUCUCGUCAUCGCACAGCAGCGCGAUCGCGUAAGGGAUAGCGACCGACGCGAGUCCAUGUCGCUUAGCCCGGCGCUGUUGCGGGGUCUUAGGGCUAGCUCGAACUCAUAUAGGUAUCUGCCGCAGGAUGACUCGGCGGGCUAG